CACAGGAAGGACAGGCACGGCACGGCACGUUUCCCAGCAAAAAUGUCCACGUUGGCCCAGCAAUGGCCCAACACAGCCUGAAAUAUUUGCCCAUAACUGGCAGCAGACACAGAUGGCAAUGGGUACUAGUGAAGCUCCACAGCCAUUGGUCCUCAAAGGGGAUGUUACGCCCCUUGAAGAAUUGUCACCAGAAGACCAAGAAGAGCUUAGAAACUUAAAAAAGGAACUGAAACAGUUGAAGACACAAUCUGAAAAAGCAGAUACAGUAAAAUCCAGACUGCUGCUAGAUAAACUAGACCAUGAAGAACACAAGAAGCAAGCUCAGGAUGAGAUGAUGAAGCUUGCUCAAGAGGAGAAGGACUUUUGGAAAGCGCUGGAAAAUCAAAAACAGGAUUUAGAGCAAGAGGCUCUGGCAAUUGAGGAAACAAACCACCAACUGAGACAACAGAUCAAUAAACAGAAAGAAAAGCUUGAAUUCAUGAGAUCAGAAAAUGAAUCCUUGCAGCAAAAGUUUAAGAUCAUAGCAGCGAUUCCAGAGAAGGCGGUUAAGUUUAUUGGAGUGGAAAAGGAGAUUCCUGAUCACAAGCUGGAGGAGGACUGUCUUCACAUCCAGGGCCAGUUCUCCAUCAUUCAGAACCCUGCUCUCACCCUCAGUGGAGGCCAGGCUCUGAUCACCUUUGAGGAAGAACAAGUUGCUGAAAGGAUCUUAAAACUUGCCAGAUGUCCAGUGACCGUAGACAGUGCGAAGAUGGACGUGAAGCCUUCCCGUGUGGCAUUAGACACAGCAGUGAAAUUUGAGGUGCAGCUCAAUGUGUCUCUGAAGAAGAUUGAAGUGUCCAAUAUUCCUCCUAUUCUACCGGAAGAAAGGAUCAGAGACAAACUGGAGUUGAACUUCUCGAAGCCAAGCCUGGGAGGAGGGGAGGUGGACAAUGUUGAAUACAACAAGGAUUCUGGAACAGCAGUCAUUACAUUUCUGCAUACUGGAGUUGCUGAGCGUUUGGCCAUGAAGAAAAUAUACCCCUUUGAUAUGGGACACAAAGUUUCUGAAGUUUUUGUCAGUCUGUGCACUGAAGAUCGGUUAAGAAAGUUCCAGACAUUCUGUGGCACCUCCAGACGCACGGUCCUGCUGUCUGGUAUCAGUGAUGUUCUCGAUGAGGAGGACUUGCAGGACAAUCUGGAGAUCCACUUCCAGAAACCCAACAACUACGGGGGAGAGGUGGAGAAUAUCAAAUACAACGCCCAAGGACAAACCACUGUGGCUUACUUUAAUGAAGAAACUGUAGGCAGUGAAUAAUAUUCAAGGAUUGGAGGAUAUAUCUGUGUGUUUCUCUAGCAUUAGGUGAUGAUUGAUUUUCUUAUUUGGUUUCUUAAUUGAGAUCCGUAUUUUAUUGUAACCCUUCAUGUAUCUGUCACAUUCAAGAAAUAUAAUGGUGGUGGUACUGGGUUAUGGAUCUAAUGCAAAAAUGUGUGUCAACUGAAAUGUAUCAAAAUAUGUUUUAUUUCUUUUUUUUUUUAGGAUAGAUGAAGUAUAGUAAUAUUAAUGUGAAACUAGAGGAGACUAUUUGUCCCACCAUUGCGCCCACCAGAGUGUGAGAGCAAUUGAGAUGGGUAACUGGGGAUUUGCUUGGUAGACAUUAAACUAAUCCCUGGCUGGUCCCUUAAAAGAUUUCCUAUCAAACCCCUGUUUGAGAAUAGAGUCCUGUAUAAGUGUAUUAACAAUCAUGAUAAUCUGUAUUGGGCAAUACAAAUAAUCUUAUAUAUUGUAAUCUUUGCAUUUAUGAUAUAAAUGUUAUAAUAAAGAACAUGAAACUUAUAUGUUGUGUUCAGGACUGCAAUUGUAACUAUACAUACCUAAAAAAAUAUAUAUAUAUGCUUGGGAAACUCUUUUAUCUUGCAUGACAAAAUAAGAAUUACAUUGAUAUACAUUUACCCCAUUUAUUGUACAUGUUAAUAGUGAGUAGAUAUGCCGUAUGACAAUGUAACCAUGUGAAAAUGACAAGAUAUGAGAUACCAGUAUAUCUGUCUUAAACAUUUAUUUGGGCAGGACACGACUAAUAUAAUUCUUUAUAAACAUGUAUUUCAAUGUAUUUUUUUUUAUUGUAUUAA